CGUAACAACUGAGAUACCCCCUUCUUCCUACGACGCUGCGAUACCAACAUUCAAGUCCGGGAUAUACCAUACACUCGUCUCGUCUUUAUACCAACUUUCUCCACGUAGUACAACACCCGCUCUCCGUCGUGCAAGACGCUUGAGCUGCAUCAUGUCCGGCCUUCUUCCAGGGAUCAGACUCGACCUCGGCCUUGGGGACGGUGACGCGCCUUCCUCGGAAUCCGUCACCAGAACGGGGACGCCAAGCACAGCCAGCGCAGAGGCAACAGAACCGGCGACGACGUCUCUGAGACAGGCGAGAUCAACCGCUUCACCAUCGUCGUCAUCGUCAGCAUCACCACCAUCACCGCCGGCCCCGUCAUCUCUAGCAUCAUCCUCGACAUCAUCAGCGGCAGCAGUGGCCGCAUCGUCAACUGCACCCGCGCGGCAGAACACCUCGGCGGCGCCUCAACCCCCAUCACAGGCACCGACACAGCCGCUGGCAUCGCUCGCGCCCUCCAGCUCCGCCCGGCCGCUGACCACCUUCAUCAUCUCCUCGGUGGCCACGCCGCCACCGCCCUCGCCGACCUCGAUCCCGGCGGCGCUGACGCCCUCCUUCGCCCCGGUGCCGCCGCCUCCAGCACUGCCGGAAAGCAGCAGCAGCAGCAGCAGCAGCAUCGGCAACGACAUCAUCAUCAGCAGCAUCCUUCUCUCGUCCGCCGCCGUCCCGACAACGCUGGCCACGUCGUUCUUAACGCUGACGCCGACGCCGACGCCGACACCGACGCCGUUCCCCGGCGGCAUCGCCGAGCCGAGCCAGGCGGAGAUGUCGGGGGGCGGCGGCGGCGUGAAGCUGAUGCCGGCGCUGCCCAUCGCCCUGGGCUCCGUCGGCGGCAUAGCCAUCUUCGGGCUCGCCAUCGGCAUGCUCUACCGCAAGGGCCGGUGGCCCUUUGCCGGGCGGCGCGACUUUGCGCAUCUCGACGAGCUCGAGGCCGAGCGGCAGCAGGAGAUGGAGAGGAAGAACAAGAUGAAGUGGGACCCGCGCGUCACGAGGACGUUCAAGACGCAGGGCGGCGGCGCCGGCGCCGGCGCCGGCGUGAAUUUCUAAUUCCCGAGGGGGGAUCGGGGUUUGGUGGUGGCAACUUUUUUUUCUUCUUUUUUUUCUAUCAUUCAUAUUCUUUUUUUGGAAGACUCGAGAAAUAAAAAGAGAAAUACCAAAAAGCGUAGCUCCAAAAACUCAAUUUGAAUGACUUUUUUUUUAUUUUUUAUAUCAUUCACAUCUUUUUGCUGUAAUCAUCUACUUGAUGCCGCUGCGACUGUGGAGAGAGGCGGUGAGAGACACAACUGUAGCUCAACAGAUAGGGGAUAUCCGGGUACCAUUUCG